AUGAGCUCUCCUCCAGCCCCACCUGAACCCCCCACCAAGCUUGGCCGCCACAGGCUGCUGUGCUCUCGCGCAGGCAUCCAUGUUUCCCCGAUUCAGCUCGGGGGCAUGAGCAUUGGCGACAAAUGGGCACAGGCUGGAAUGGGAAGCAUGGACAAGGAGAGUAGCUUCAGGCUGCUCGACGCCUUCUACGGUGCCGGCGGCAACUUCAUCGAUACUGCCAGCAGCUAUCAGGACGGGAGCUCCGAGGAGUUCAUCGGCGAAUGGGUGGAGGCCCGCGGGCUGCGCGAGCAGCUCGUCCUUGCGACCAAGUACACAAGUGGCUACAAGCGCGGUCAGCCUGUACAGCACAGCAGCUUCAUCGGCAACGGCUCCAAGUCGCUGCACAACACGCUCGCGAACUCGCUCAAGCAGCUGCGCACGGACUACAUCGACAUCCUGUACGUGCACUGGUGGGACUACACGGCCUCGAUCGAGGAGGUCAUGGACGCGCUGCACGCGCUCGUGCUCCAGGGCAAGGUCCUCUACCUCGGGGUCUCCGACACCCCCGCCUGGAUCGUCUCCUACGCGAACGCGUACGCCAGGCUCGCGCACAAGACGCCGUUCGUGAUCUACCAGGGCAAGUGGAGCAUCAUGGACCGCGACAUCGAGCGUGACAUCCUGCCCAUGUGCGUCCACCAAGGCAUGGCCAUCGCGCCGUGGAACGUUCUCGCGGGCGGCAGGGUCCGCACGGACGCCGAGGAGCAGCGCCGCAUCGAGUCGGGCGAGGGCGGCCGCACGAUCUUCACCGGCGAGUGGAAGCGCACGCCCGAGCAGCGCGCGGUCUGUGCCGAGCUCGAGCGGGUCGCACAGGAGGUCGGCGCACAGCACAUCACGUCUGUUGCUAUCGCGUGGAUCAUGCAGAAGGUCCCGUACGUCUUCCCGAUCGUCGGCGGCCGCAAGGUCGAGCACCUCCACCAGAACAUCGAGGCGCUCUCGAUCCGCCUCUCGGACGAGCAGAUCAAGCGCCUCGACGGGACCGUGCCCUUCAAGAAGGGUUUCCCGUACGAAGAUUUUGGUGACGGGAGCGAAUACAGCACUGUUCACAAGAUGCUGGGACACUUUGACAUGUGGCCCAGUGCACAGCCCAUCAAGCCU